GGCAAUUUCCUUGGCCUUUGACCAGCGAGGUAGUGUAAGUGAUGACGAUUCAAGGAAAAGUAUGAUUUUUCGUGGAAUUUUCGCUGUGAUGGACUAGACAGUUUACACGAUGAAGAAGUUCGCGUUGAGUUUGUUUAAGACAGCUGAUGAGAAGCUGAGAAGUCUCAGCCACAAGGGGAGUCACUCUUACAAACCCCCUGCCAGCACUUCGUAUGGGUUUGCCAAUGGGACUGAGGGAUAUUCCGUGACCCCAUCAACGUCUACAGUGACCAUAAACCCUGGAAGAACCCAGGCUCCUGAUGUUUCACCUCCCCCUGUUCCUCCCCUACCAGCCUCACUUCAGAACUUGUCAUGUGAUCAAACCAGCCAAUCACAGGGCAACAUAGAGCCAUAUUUAAAAUCAUCAGUCAGUCAGGACCAAGUAUCUGAGGACACUCCUCCACCAUUACAUCCCAGGCCCCGCCUCUCUAAUAUGGCAGAGCGCAGACUACAGCGGCAGGGCAAGACGGGCUCUGGUGGGAGCAUUGAUGGGGCUAAGCGGAGGUCACGCAGCGAGGGACCACAUGGUAGAAGAAAGGCACGGAGCUCCAUGCAUGAAACCUCUACACCUAAUAAACAACAGUACAAGAAGCCUGCAAAUGAACGUUAUUCUAUGUUCACCAGUCAUUUGUCUGGCGAUGAGGAUGUGAGGGGAGCUAAAUCGGGCAGUGACUCCCAGGAUUCAGACUUAGAACAGCAGCAGUGGACUAAAAAUCCUCUAAUGGUGAGAAAAAGUAGAAAAAGUGAGAAGGGUUCCAAAACAGACAAACGAAGGUCAGUCCAUAAUGUGGAACACAAUGGUAACAAAACUGACCGGGCACCCAACAUAUUUCAACAUCCCCACAGUAAGGACUUGUUUAUCUACCCGGGCAAAGCAGAACCUGCUCAGAAGACCUCAAAAUAUCAGAGGAUGGAAGAAAAUAGAAAAAAGCGCAUUGAAAUGACGGUCACAAGCGACGAAGAGUGUUCACCACAGUUGAGGAUUUCGAGACUCAGACAAAGAGCCAUGCUGGGCUCAAACAUGCAACAAGAGCCUGUACUGAGAGAAAACAUUGAAAUUGUGCCAAAUCAAAAGAACAAAACCUCUCAGAAUUUCCAUGAAAAUGGAUUUAAUCAAUCUGAUAACCUUAAACAAGAAAGAGUCAGCCAGUAUGAUGAAAAUAGACUUAGUAAGUACGAUGAGAACUACAAUAUUGAUAACAUGAACGGGGGAUUUUAUCAGGACUAUGCCAAACAACAAGGCGUACGACACAAUAAAUUACCCAACAUCCUUCCAGAGUACUUGCCUGAAAAUCGACUUCCUGUUAAUAAAGCACCUGUUACUGGUUACCAUGGAAACUUAUCUAAUCAAACAUCUUUCACUGGGUCUAAUCAGAGACAAAAUGUAUCAAUGCCUACAAAUUUUCUGAGAAAUCAGACACAGUUGCAAAGUGGUAGUGUUCAACAGACUUUUGCCAAAAUGCCAAGUGAAUCGCCCAGUUCAAAAUUAAGGAGUUUUAAUGAAGUUAAAUCCAAUAAGCCAGCACCCCUAAAAAAAGCUGUGGAGAAAAUUGAGAUAAUUCCAAGGUCACCUGAUAGCUCUACUGAUUCCCUGGAUGACUUGAUAGAGUCUAACAUUCAGUAUUUAGAGAGUGAAAUAGAGAGCGGCAAGCUGAAGAGACAAUCUGGAAACUUUGCAAAUGUUCAAAAGGAUAAGCCAGUUCCUGUGCAAUAUGUCAAACAUGAUGAUACACGGUCUGGUCAGAAUGUGGCUGCAAAUUUUAGGUCAAGGUUACAAGAUCCGAGAGGAUAUACAGAAAAUAAGGCGAGGGCCACACAGAAUAAGAAUAGUGUGUACAAUGUGCCACAGCCUUCAUUCGGAAGACCUGGAUAUAAGCCAAGCAGCGGUCAGGUACAUGGAGAAUAUAAACAUGUACCAUUGUCUGGGUCAGCAACAUAUAGUCCACAUAUGCAGAGAAAACAUGUUGAUGUUACAGAGGAUAUGUCUAAAUCGGAUACACAGCUUAAUAAUCGAAAUGUGGAAUAUAUGCCUGGCAUGUACUCGGCGGAAAAGAGUUAUGUCCCUUACCCUGUUAUGAAUCAACAUACUGGGAAUGUGACUUAUGUACAGGGGCCAGUCAGUGGACAGGAAAUGAGUGCUAGUGAUGGUGACCUUGGUAAUAUGACAGCAGAAAUGGCUAGCGGAAUGUUUUCGGAUGUAGAAUAUGAUAUUGUUGUGUCGGAGAGGAUUAAAAAGUGGGAGAAAAAGUUGACCCCCAGAGAAAUUGAAGAGAGAAAAGCUGUGUUAAAUACUAUAAAGGAAUAUGAGUCCUUUAGUGAUAGUAAUCAAAAAGACAGUGUGCCGGAUACUCCUGUUGAAAUACGGCGCGAACUUCGUCAACUUAUGAGCCCUACUAGCAACUCCGGGGUAGGCAGAUUGUCAGUGAAUCUAACCAAGUCAACGUCCUCUAUUUCUGAUGCUAGAGAAAGCCCAGUGACUUACUUCGAACCCAAGGUUGUUUCAUCAGAGACUAACCUUCACAGGAUAUUUCGUGUUGUUCAAGAACCGGUACCUGUCCGAUCUGCUGAAAUGCGUAAGGUGAAUGUUGAGAAUCGUAAAAAGAAGAGCAAUGAAGCUCCUAGCAGCCAUGCACAAAGCAUGACCAAUAUGACAUUGAGUGAGUCUGAGGUGGGCACCAGCAUGCAACAGUCGUGGCCCCCAAUGGUUGUCGACUCUGAUUCUGGAAUCAGGAAAAGUUGGCGGACUUCCAGGUAUGAGGAUGAAAUCAGUGAACUGAAAGAGCUGGUGUCGGAUAAUGUUAGAGACAUCCGUAAGAGGUUUGACUCAGAUGUUAGUGAACCAGGAACAAGAAGGGAAACUUCUCCAGUACCACAGAGCAGACCAUCACAGAAACCUGGCACCUCGACUGUGACCUUGAACAUCAAACCAGCCACACCUCCCUCCCGCUCCCCCAUCACCAUCCGGCGGAAACUCUCUGACCAGUCCCCCCACUACACUCCUCCCCCUGUCUCUCCUGGCAUCAUGGCGACACAGGGUGCUCCUGUCUCCAUGGCAACAAGUUUUCCUGUUGCCAUGUCAACUGCCCCUGUUGCCCCAACCGCAAUUACCCUGAAGUCAGAGAAAAAGUUGCCUAUCUACCGAAGUGUCCCUGUGGAAGCCAAGUCUAAGGUCACCUCAAGACCGGUAACCAUGGGAAACAAGCGACCAGUGACCUCCCCUCAGAUGAGUACCUCAGGUGAUGCCCCCAAGCCUGCUCCGGACGUGUGGUCACCAAACAUGGAGAGUCGAAAGGGGCUGGUCAGCAUUGAGCGGGUCAAGGCCAGGACUUUACAGACAAUCCCCUUCUCUGAGGACCCAGUGUGGAAGGAGAUUGAGGGCCUGGGGACAUUUGAGCGUCCCGAGGAAGGUCAACGCGAGGUCAACUUUGACGAGAUUGAUGAACUCCUGCGUAUUGCCACGGGAACGGCAGCCGAGAGGGCAAGGUCAAGGUCAUUACCGAGGCCUGAUGGUCAAGGUCACACUUGGAAACAGGGGGAUAAUGUGAUUGGGGGAAAUAAUGGACUGUCACAUGCAAACAAUGUGAUGACAACAAGUUAUAAUACAACAUUGUCACAAGUUCCCACAGUGUUGGAUAAACCUAGAAAAUUGUCAGAUUCAUCAUACCCACCAGUAACAUCUACAAACAAGUACACAUUCAAACCACCUGCCAUUCAGCCAUUGAAGCUUAACUCUGCUGCUGGGAAAAAGUCCAGCACAAGUGCGUUAGAUGAAGUGCUUGAAGAUAUAAGAGCCUCAUUAGAGAAGAAACCUUUGAGUCCAAAAUUGAUGAAAAACAUUGACACUCCUGAAACAAACUCCUCAGCUAACCCGUCUUUACAGUCUCCAUUGACUAAAUCAUCUAAGGCAUUUGUGUUCUCUAAGGAGUCUCAGAAGGCCACACCCCCAGCACCUCCCCCCAGACAGAAAACACCCUCGUCUACCACACCUGGUUAUGAUAACACUCACCCAGCCUGGCAGCCCACCACACAGCCUGAGGUUCCCACCCAGUCGGCUCAAAAUGCUGCGGAUGUGCCUUAUAUUGACCCUGACUUUACCCAAUUUCCUUAUAUUAUAAAUGGAAAUUAUCACCUAGAUCCAGACCUGUUGUCUGAAAAGUUAAAAGGCACAGGAUUGGUUCAUGAUUCUUCAGAUGAGCAUAGUUUAGCCAAUAGGAGUAAGGCUUACAAUGAUGCAAUAGCCAAUCAGUAUUCAAAACAAAUUCACUGUGAACCUGUAAUGUCAACAAGGAGUACAAGUGUCCAGUCAAAACCUGCUGUACAUGAACUUGAUAAGUCUGUUGAUGAAUUAAGAAAUUUAGCACAAGAAGUUGAAAAUAAACUAAGCCAAAUUAAAACUAGAAUUGUGUCAGCAGAUGAAAACAGUUUAGACAGCAUUCUUUUAGCGUUGAGGAAGUUUGCCCCAAUGGCAGAGCAAAAGUAUUUCAGUGUAAAAUCAAAACCAGACUCUGAGGCAGAGAAACUGAGAAAAAGGAAACUAGAGGAUGCUUUAAGUGAGUUGGAAAGAAUGUAUGAAAGUUUAGAUCUGGAUGAUAAGUCUCUGAUGGACAGAGCUUCUCGCAGGGAGGAAACUGCUAGAUUUAAACCAAGAUCUGAAAAAGAACCUGCAAUUAAGGUUCAAUCAAUGAAGGAAAUACCAAUCAGUAGUGCUACUAACGCUCAUGUUAAUCAAAUUAAUCAUCAAGGUGAUAAAAAUGUUAUGCGGAGGUCACAAAUAGAGGAGGUGGAAAGGCAGACACAGAAUGAAUUUGAGGACAUCACAAAGUCAUUUCAAGUUCUGUUAGAUGAGGUCACAAAGCAGUGCCGGUCAGUGGCCAAAGGUUCAGGAAGGGUCAGGCAGACUGACCAAUCAGUGUACCUUGGUUCUGGCAUGUCCAGUGGUGCAGGAUUGUCACAAUUCUCAGGCCAGAGACCUCCAGAUGAGAUUCGUCAGGAACCUCCACGACAGCAGCUGAAGUUUGAGAGCUCUUCACAGCGCAACAUGCAGGACAGCUAUAAUAAGGCAAUCAGGGAGCUGGAAAAUGUUGCAAUGGGAAAUGUUGCAAUGGGAAAUGUUGGUAUUGGAGAAAACCAAGCUGCAAGAAAACCUGCGCAGACAAGUGGAUUGUUUUUGAACCUAGAAAAAGUUAACAAUCAAGCCUAUAAUCAAAACAUGAAAAAUGCUACUGUUACUUCACCUUCCAGAAAUCUGGAUAUUCAAAUACAGUCUAGGGCAGUGACCACAGCAAAGUCCACAACACCAAAUUUGAGAUCCCCAGCAGGGCCAAAACCAUUUGUUUCCUUGGCAACUGAAUUCAAGCCUCAGGUAACAUCCACAGUAGCAAUGGAAACUCCUUCUGGUAGUGAUAACCAAGAGGAUGUCAGUAAAAACACUGUUACAUUGCAGCUGGAAUUGAAUAAUGCAAAGGUCAAGGGUCAAGGACGUGGGGGUCGAUUCAGAAAAAGGGGAAACAUUGAGCAUAGAAAGUCAAUGCCUGCAAUUACAAGAUCAGUUGAAACUCAAACAGUGGAAACACAGACAGAACCAGCCCCAUCAGUAACAGAGAUGAAAGAAAAGUUUGAACAGAUAAGGAAAAGCUCAUUGCAGGAUUUUGACAGUGACAGUUCCCCUGAUGUUAGAGCAGGGAGAGGCUUGUUACGUAAACUUUCUGGAACCAAGGUGUCAGACUUGGCUGACUCUAGUGAAGAUGAUACAGGUCGAAGAAAAAAAGACUCUAAAUUCAGACAUUCUCUAAGUGCCCCUGAUAUUGUGUCUUUACUGGACUGUUUCAAUGAAAAGUAUUACAAGGAGCGGAAACAAGGAGAAAAACAAUCGACCGAAGUAACAAAACUUGAAAGGAGUACAAGCGAAACUGCAGAAGCAGCUACAGGUGACGCAGACAAACUUGGAAACACUCCAUUGAGGAAGCCCCCUGUAUACCCUGUCUGGCAGUAUCCCGGGCAGGGGGAUUUACCUAGCCCUAAAAAAACUGAAACUAAACGCCAACCUUUCACUGUGGAUCGAGACUUUACCAUCACAGCUUCAGAUAAUGAAGACAGAACUACAAGCCAAGAGACAAGGUUUGGAGCAACUGGGGGUGUCAAUUUUGAGAUGUCAGAAGUAGUUACUCGCCGUCGCACAUGCUCCGUUGGGGCUGUACAGGACUUUGACCAAGAAAGGCCAAAAAGCUUCCAUGAACUUGUCUUAUUGUUUGAACACAGUCCUCAGAGACUAGAGAAAUUACGUACCUGUGGUUUACGUAAGUGUGCAUCCGAGGACUCGAUGAUGACGGACUUGAUUCUACAGAAGAUUUACCACUCUGAGUCUGACCUUAUUAGCUUGGACGGUCACUCCACUGGAAAGAAACCUUCCUCUGGAUCGGGGCUUAAACUGGCCCUUGAAUUAAAGACAAAAUACUCCUAGUUUAUAUUCUUUCGACACUUAAUUUUCUUGCAAUAGUGUAUAAUGUGCUGCUCUAUUUAGUAUCGAUGUACCAAUGUAUGAGUUCAAUGUACUACCGUAGUUAUUAUGUAUUUGUUAUGUUUUUAAUUUUAUCUAGUUGUUCUAUGACUAUUGUGCAUUUUUUUCAUCUAUAACUGAUAAAACUAUAUUUAGCUUCGCAUUUAAUGCUUUUUUUUCGUUUGAGUCCCAUUCACCGAUUUCGGGUCUCCAGAUAAACAUUUGCUUUGUUUUCUAUUAGAUGUGUCAAUUAAUUGGCAUUUUUGGAAGCAAUACUGAAAAUUUCAUGAUUAUUAUAUCUAAAAUUGCUUAAGAUUCAAUUUUACAAAUAAGACCAUGCAUCGCACAUUUCAAAUACUAAGUUUGACUAUAUUUUAUUAGUUUGACUUAUUAUUAGUUUAAAAACAAACAAAUAGAUUCAAAUAGUGAUUUCAGAAAAUAUCAUUUUUCUGUGAUCACGAAUGAAAUAAAUUACAAUGCAAUUCAACAAAUUUUCUGUUUCAUUUAUGCUAAAAUUAUCAAAAAUGUCAAUUUAAUUGUCAUAAAUUGGAAAAUCAUGUGUAUUAACAUCAUAGUGCCUUUUUGAUGACUUUUUUCAAGGAUUAUCAACCUGGCAUAGUGAAAGCUAUGUUUCUUCUGUAAAACAUAACCAAAAAUCUUUAAAUGCAGUGAAAAUACCAACUGAUAUUUCACUGUGGAGAAAAUAACAGACAUAAAAAUAACAUGCUAUUUUACCAAACACCAUCAACUUAUACAACUUAUUUCAUUUGAUGAGUGAGACUGGGAGAGUGUAUUUUCUUGUAAUUUUUCAUAAAAACAUCUUCAGAAUUAAUUUCAAUCUGAAUUCUUUUAAUCUCUCAUUUUCUAAAUAAAUGUGACAGGUUGGUUUAUACAAUUACUCAUUAGACCUAUAAUUUCCAACACAUUUUACGUGAGCUCAUUGAACAUUUUAAGUCUUUAUUUUGUGUAAAACUUGAGGUCGUGGGUUCGUUCCCGUGGUAGCGUCCGUGUGCCUCUCAAAAUGGUCAUCAUUAUUGAGCUUGAUUCUGUAAGCUGUCAUCUUACAUAGAUUUAGCUAAAUGAAAUUAGAAUACAACCUUCAUUUUCAGCGAAUGAAAUUUGAGAUAGGCAAUCAUUAAUACCAGACCUAAUCAUUAAGGAUUUCACCUUUCAUGGGUGUCUUAAGGUCCGCCUACUGCCACUCAUCCGAUACACACUCCCUGCGUCAGAUUAUACGUUGACAAUGUGUCAGCAAAUAAGGUUGUAUUCUAAGUCGGUUAGAUGACUUGAAUUAAUUUCUUAACAAUUAAGAAGGGCUUGUUCGCUACGCUCACUCCACCCAUUCUUAUUCAUUAAGAAUUAACUUCAGGUCAUCUAACUGUUAUAGCGUGUACUAAACUAAACUUGUAAAUUUAAAGUUUUAAAUGAUUUCUCACAGUUAAAUGCCAGAUUCUAUGUACUAGACAUAACUUUGUGAACUGCCUGCAAUACUGCAGUAAGCACAUCUACAAAGCCAGAAAGAUAAUACAGUCUUGUAUCCAAAACUGAUAUCGAUAGCGCUAUCUGAGAGCUGAAAUGCUCUUUCUUCCUAACAGAUUAAUCACAGCCUAUCUCUCUGAUGCUAUCGAUGAAAUCAGGAACAUCUUCUACAUUUUUCACAUGAACCAAGUAUACAGAAACACCUGAAUCAAAUUGUAGAUCCAGUUAUGCAGAAAACGCCUUGGGGUGUUUCAAUAAAAAUUGCAGUCUAUUUAAGUCGUAAAUUGAAAUUAUCAUAACAUAACAUAAAGUUUAUUCUGACAUAAGCAUGUAUAGCUUAUUAUUAAUUGCACAAUAUUUGCAUACAUUCAUGUAUGUAAAUUGUAUUAUAUAAUUAUAUAAUAAAAUAAAUAACAAUACAAACAUUGAAUGCCAAUUAAGUGAAUUUUGACAUGAGAGUGUAUAAUACAUAAUGUAUUUUAUCACACGGCUAUGUUGAUUGCAGAGUUUCUUACUUUAGUUGCUUUAAAGAUGCACUCUUACUCCCAAAAAAGAUUUACCACAAUUAAUACAAUUGUUUUAAUAUACCAAAAAGGAUGAAUUAAUGUCGAAAGCAAUGGUUCUUAUGAAAGAUACCGAGUAUAAUUUGAAAAAUAGGUGCAGAAAGCUUGGUAUUUCUACCCUAUGAGACAAUACUUAAUCACAGUAAAUCUUUAAGCACUCACCAAUCAUUUAAUAUUUUUUCAAUUUCAGCCAUUAAAUACACCAAUACAAUCUUAUUAUCAAUUCUUAUUUUUUCCAUAAAUGCAUUAAUUAGUAAGUAAAGGAUCAUCAUCGACACUCAAAAUUCAUGUUUGUUAUGAAAGUAAAAUUAUGUGUUAAAUAAUGUAUUGACUUUGAAUAACUUGUCACUUUAAUCAAAUAAUUUACUUUUUUGUGAAGAAAGUGUUUUUUCGUUAAGUAUUGAGCAUGUUUACAAAUUUGACCACAUUCAGUCUUUCGAUAAAACAAAGGCAUAUAUUUUUCACGUAAUUUUCUAUAUGUUUGACAACUAAGAACAGAAUAAAAUUCGUCUUCUUUGUCGUUAUUUCCACAAAUAUUAUGCACUUCCGAUCACUUCUUGCAAUGUUCGUAUAUCAUCCUUGUUCUGUGAAUAGUUCGUGUGAUGGCAAUCAUAAACAUUAUCUAUAAGUUGUUUCUAAUAUCCUUAAUAGAAAAGGGUUCUAUAAGUUUUAGAAAUAAGUGCAUGUUAAGUUCUUCAUUUUGUGUUUAAAGACUGCACAUAUUAAUAAACUGAUGUCAAUUAAGUUUUAAUUGAUUUAUUUUUGUAUUAUUAUGAGUGGCAAAUACAAAUAACAUGCACUUACUGUAAAAUUAACCAUUUUGAUUUUUGUAAAAAAAAACGAUGGAUCAAGUUUUUAGUACCUCGUAACCUGUUAUAUUACAUGCCAUGUAUCAAUGUAGAUUUAAUAAAUAUUGGUGUGCUGAUGUAUUUAUUAGGAAGAUGAAAUUGAUUUUUCUUUUAAUAGUUUUAUUUAAUUGUUAUGUUUCUUGAACGUGCGUCAUCGGUCUUAUAUUAAGUCUGUGUUAGGGACGUUUUCGUAGUAUUUGUUUUAAUACUGAUGCUUUCGGUGUAUCAGAAAAACAUCAGAAACUACAGAUAGUGCCUUGAGUGUGUGCCAAAUAUUGCUAGCAUUUUGUGCCAAUAUGAUUUACUGUGUUGAAGUAGUCAGUUGUUAAAUACCUGGCUGUUUUUCAUGAAUUUUAAUUGAUAAAUAACAGUGCAAUAACAUUUUGAACUGUUUUGUAUUGUUUGUUUAUUGUAUACUAAACUGAUAUUUAAAUAUUAUGAAUAUAUAGCUCCAAUUCAUAAUAUUAAUCAUUUAUAUAUAUAUAUAUAUAUAGUUUUAUUUCUUGUAUUAUACAUCAUAAACUGCUUGUAUAUUUAUCUUGUUUAUUAUAUAUUUCAGUGUUCAGAAAAAUACUCAUAAUUAAUAGUAACUUCACCCAUAUAUAUAAUUCAAAUCAUAACUAACUGUUUUGUUCAGAGAUGUUAUAAGAUUACAUUCAAUAAUUUGUAUAGAAGUGAAUAAGCAGUGUAAUUUUUCCGCACGAUAGUUAUAGCACUGUUUAGCUCCGCCUACAUGUUCACGUUCAGAUAUUGGCGUUAAUGCAUAGAUGAAAACAAAGCAAAUGUGUUAUAAGUUUUGCUGGAAACCUAUGAAAGAUAUUGUCUUCUGUAUUGCAUAUUAUGAUAUAAAGAUAAUCGUUUCAAUUUUUGAAAGUUACCUUCAGUACACGUUUUGCAUGGAGGAAAAGGGAUAAAAAGCAUUUACUAGCACUUUAUGCAAUAACUUAUUAUUAUUGUAUCUUAUUUAUUAUAAAUUAUUGCAACCAAUUGAAUAAAAAGGGAUAAGUUAUCCACAGGUUAAUUCUUUUGGCUAGUUUUACUAUUUAAGCAAUUUGAUUGGUUAAAAGUUAUUAUUAGAUAAAUAUUGACCAAUCAAUAAGCAUUUUGGAUAACUUGGACCAAACUCAAAACUCAGUUUUAAACAAUUGGUCUUGCAGAUGAUAAAAUCAAAAGUGUUUACAUUUACAUGCAUUCAAUUGUUGAAAAUGUUAUUUAUUAAGAAAUGUUAGGCUUAUGUUUAAACUUUUUUUAUUUGUUGUAAUUUGUUAAAAAGAUGUUUAAAAUCAAAACAUUCUGCAUAAUUAAAAUUGAACACAUUCAAACUACAUUUAUUGCAAGUUAAAACGAUGAAAAUUUAUAUCAAAGAAUAUGUGCAGAAUAUCAAUAUUUGUAAUCCCUCUGACCUUUUUUUCUAUUUUGGUUGUGAUUUUUCCUCAUUUUCAGGUUGUGACAUGUAAGGGAAGUAAUUAUGAUAAUCAUGGAAAUUAUUGUGCCUACAUGAGUAAUGUACCUUGUACUAAGCCCAUCAGCUGAUUUUGUUAGUUGUAUGUAUUUUAAUUAUUGUCUUAAAUAAUCUUUUUUUGUAUAUAGAAUGAUUGUACAUAAUACAGUAGCAAAAUAGCAUAGUGUUUAAACAAUAUGUAAUCUUUAAUUAUGCAUUAUAUUGAAUA